AUAUUAUCCUCCGCCGUGGGCCGGCUUGUCACUGUUUCAUUGGAAAAUCGAUUCGGAAAACAUCACCAUGGGGUGAAGGUAGCAGCGAGAUUACCCGGACAGCAGUGAAACGCAAAAGAUAAAACGUCGCGACGAAUUUUCGGCCGUUGAAAGCCACGACAAGAACCGGCGGAAUGACAGGUCAUAUCUCGUUCUGCUUCUUAUUGUUCUUAACGGGCUGCUAUGAUUGCAUACUACCGAGAACAAUAUCAUCGUUCUCAGUGGGCCACGAAGACAAUCCUUACUGCCGCAUUUGCGCCAAUCACACCAUGUGCCAAUUUCCGCACGACACGGAUGGCACCAGAUGCGUGAACCUUCAGCAUACUGAUCUGAACGAGAAGGAUAUCGAGACCAUACUCGACUGGCACAACGUUUAUCGCAACACUGUGGCGAACGGGGACGAAGAGCGAGGAAAUCCGGGCCCUCAACGUCCAGCAAAGUUCAUGAUGGAGCUGAUCUGGGAUGACGAACUUGCUCAUAUCGCGAGACGAUGGGUAGUACAGUGCAACCUUCUCGAGAAAGAUCAGUGCAGAGACGUUGAACGAUUCGGAGUGUGGCAGAACGUGCACGUACUCGACAUGUACAGCGUAGGAAACACGACGUCCACCGCGAGGAUUCGCUUUCAUAUUCAAUCAUGGUACGACGAAGUAGAAGACUUCGAUUCUGCGGAAUUCGGAUUGGUGAAUUUCGCAGCGCGGAGCAACCUGUCUUACAUUCCGUUCGCGUCGUCUACAAUUAGGCAGAUCGGUUGCGGUCGUGCAAUUUACACGGGCAGGUCCGGGCAAUCGACAAGCAGUAGCACAGACACGCCAAUAGCCGGCCGUACAAUGGCAGUUGGAUUCGGGGAUCGCGUAGAGGCCCUCGUGUGCAAUUACGGCCCACUCGAUCGGAACACUGCAAGAGAACUGUACGAAGAUGGUAUGCCGGCUCUUUGUCCAUCGGGGACGAUCCGCAGCUCACGAUACCGAGCCCUCUGUCAAAAGUUUCAGAAGCAGCAGUCGCAAAAGGUGCAGCACAAGAUUCAACAGAAGCAAGAUAAAAGGAACGAUCGACCGAUGAGCAACGGGGCAUUCUUAAUCAAAUCGGCAAUUUAUCUUAUUCAACUGGUAUUAUUAUUGUUGUCGACGUGAUCGCCCACUUAUCGUCGUUCCUUGCUGUAGCACUAUCAAUAGACCGUAUUCACCAGAUAAAUCGUUUUUUCUUUCUCUUCCUUCUCGUUGAUUCGGUGUACAAUAGCACACAGAAAGUCUUCGAACAGGUGGAAUUUUUUAGGCUUAUUCUUUACCAAAAAAUUGAAAGAAUCUUAAUUGAUAUUGCACCAACGAACGACUCCUGAUUAUUGAUGUUUAGUUUAGAUAGUAUAUAGUAAAGAACGAGCGAUUUAACGUAUUCAAAGAGUUACGGGGGAAAAUCUAUCCGGUCGAAGAUUUUUCCUCCGUUAUUGUAGUUUGUAGAAAAUUAAUAUUAUAUUAUCGCAUUGUAUAUUUGAGUAACUUUUCGUUAAUUAAUCUUCUUAGUGUUAUUAUAUUAAUCGCUUGACGUUGAUAUUCUUAAAUAGUUUCUUUUCCUUGUUCGAAUUUCUUAUUUUCCUUGAACUUUAUUUUCCAUUAUCAUCGGUAAUUAUUCAUUUAUUCAUCUGUUAUCGAUUUAUUACUAUUUAUUUAUUCUAUUCACUUAUUAGCAACUUAUUUUUAGCUAUUCUUAUACAAAUGUUCACUCGAGUAAUGUUUGAAUUUUCUCUCAGUUUUUUCUCACAACUGAUAUGUUUCAAUUGCUGUACAACAAAUAUGUAUUGUUACAAGAAACCUUUACAAGGUAAUAAAACGAUUUUUAUCUUAUAACGUAAUAAUGUCUGAUGUCCAAUCUCUGAAUAUUUUAUAAUACUCGAAAGUAAAUUAUAGUAACGGAAAGGAAAACUAGUUACGACUGUAUAGCGCUUUUGACGGAUUUCAAAUUCAUGGGAGUUUUGUCUUUGCAUACGUCUGCAAAUACUAGAAAAUGGGGCAAACCAGACAGGCGUUGUAGUUGAAAGCAAACAUUGCAGAACUUAAUCGUUUCAAGAACGGCUAAAAACGUGAUUAUAUUUUUCUCCAAAUUUCUGAACGUAUCUUGCAAAUGUUACUUAAUUACAAUAUAACGCACUAAAACGUUUCUACAAAUUGCAUGCCAAUCACGCCGCUGCACCUAACCCAGAUCUGUAAAACCUACUCACAGUACACGUAAGUACACUUCAUUUCAUUUAAAAUGCAACAAUCCUGUGAUUUCCACGUCAGAAGUUUCUUCUCGUAUACUUUUUAUCUAUUUUUAUUCUCAACAUGAAUAGUUAAUAUUUCUCGUGAUUACUCCCUCAUAUCAAUUUUAUAAAAAUCUUACGCUAACCCCAAGAAAUCUGAACCCUGUCGCCUUCAUCGGUUUAUUUCCGAUUAAACUGUAUUUCUCUACCAUCAGAAAAUCUGUCAAAAGGGCCGAGAAAAAUAUAAAAUAAUCAAUGUUAUAUGCGUAACUUCUUUUUCCAAUUUUACGUUGGAAGCUUCCUUUAAAACAUAAGAAAUCAUUUUCUCGAUCGAAACGAGAACGACAUUAUGCAGUAAGUAAAUUCGAUUGGAUCUAAUUGAAAUUUCAAAAACCCAUUUACGAGGCAGAUUCAUUUGAUUACCCCUAAAACAUAACUGCCCAACGAUCACCGGUGUCACGACAACGACAUUAAUCUCCAUUCGCCUUUUCAUUACAGUUUAACCACUGUUUAUGCCAUAGUCACCGGGUCGGCUCAUUAGCCGCGAUAACGAGGAACGUGGAUCGUAGAGCGUAGAGCGAUUAGACGUGUGUUUAACGUGGACUUUUACUCGAUCAAUUUGCCGAGGUCCGUUACUUUUUGCCAGCUCGAAGAAUUUGAUCGGACGAUUAAACGAUCGUGAUGAAGCAACAUGACCGUUGGGUGCAAAAAGAAACGGAUCCAGCUUGUCCAGGCGAUAAUUGAAAGAGACAGGCCGAAAGGAGAAUCGAGCGAGACGAUUGAUGAAUAUUUCAGCGGGGAUCAGGUCGAGAAUUACGAGGCGAAAAAGGGAAGCUUCACGGUGGUAACGGCUGGCCGUCAUCGAAGGUUUCGCGAAAGAAAAAACGAGAAAAUCGAUGUUCCGUAAGUGGAACGAUGUCCUUGCCCGUUUUGCGUUAUUUUCUUGUUUGGCCGCAACGUCGGAACGUUUCGUGGCAUGUCUGUUACUUGACGCGUCGUUGAGUGGUUUAUUCCAUCGGUUCGGUUGCCCUUUUCUUCUUUUUUUUUUUUGGAAAUGGGAGCGCUCGCGCGUAUCAAAUUUUGAUUCCAUUCUGAUUUUGCAAAAAUUAUUUUUGCGUGCUAAGAGAACGUGAGUUUAAAACGGGAUAUUUUUUCGAGCGUUUCGAACGAUUCCAUUGGUGAAAAUUCUGUUUGCAUGAUGAUGUUUAUAGAGCAAUCGUUACAGAUACAAAUAGUAUUUGAUAUGCAUAUGGAC